AUGCUACAAAUUGCAACUCUCAUCAUCAUUGCUAAUGGACUGAUCAUCUGUAUAGUAUGUCUUGAAAGAAAACUACAUAAGCCAAUGUACUUGUUUAUCUGCAAUUUAGCUUUGACCAUUUCUCUUUCACUUACAGCAAACUUUGACAUUUGUGGAGUCAUCAUUGAAAAAGUGUACUGUGAUAAUUACUCGAUAGUGAAAUUAGCAUGCUCUGAUAUUUUAUAUUACAACAUAUAUGGCUCAACAAUAAUUGUCUUUGUGGUCGUACUGCCAUUUUUUAUAAUUAUCUAUUCUUAUGUAAAAAUCACCUUAAUCUGUUUGAAACUGUCAAAAAGAGGACGAGUCAAACUCUUUAGCACAUGUGUCCCACAUCUAAUUGCAUUAUUUAACUUUAUUAUUGGGAGUUCCUUUGAACUUUUGCAAAGCAGAUUUGAUAUGAGACAUGUGCCCUACAUAAUUCGUGUAAUACUAUCUUUGUAUUUCCUUAUGCUUUCCCCAUUAAUAAACCCAGUCCUUUAUGGGAUGAGAACUCAAGCAAUAAAGAAAGCUUUAAUGAGAAAACUUUGUCAUACAUUUUACCAAAGGCAAACUGUUGUAAGAUGUGUAACUUAA